UGUCUGAGCCGCUACACAGCGCUUCGCGUUCCCCCGUUUUGUUCUCGUCGCGCACGGACUACUGCGAUCUCGCGACGCGACUUGGGUGUUGUUGUUCUUGCCGUAUUGUUCUCCAAGAACGGGAUUGAACGCGCGCGCGAACUCGUCGUCAAGAUGACGGUACAGCACGAGUUCGGUAGUACGGGGUGAAGACGUUUCCGGAAGCUGUUGUUGUGUCGAAGCGGUGCGACGCUGAUCAUGGUGUAGAGAACCUGUUAUCGUGAAGAUCCUGACCUCGGGUGGAUUCUACCGGUUGCGCUGAUCAGCUCCGCCAAGUGAUCGUUUAAGGAAGAACCGAAUAUCUGAAUAGCUGUGAAUAAUUAGUGCGUUGUGUGUGUGAUCAAGAGAGUGUCCACGCCGUAAUUAAGGCAAAAAGUGUCGCGCGAGAAAUUCCUGCCCUGCCGGUUAAUUAACGAUCUCGGCGAGUUCUCGCCAGCAAACAAGUGGAAGAAGUGGAUCUGACCGUAUAAGAACUACCGCUGCCGAGAGGUGUCACUUCUAUUUGUCCCGGAGCAAGUUUUAAUUAAUUAAUUACGAAAGAACCUCGCCCAGGUUCCCGCGCGAUCAAUUAAACUCACAUUAAGAUCACUCCACCAAAGUUUACCGAACAGCCCAAAGCGAUCCGGAGCUGUGUGUGUGAAGGGCACGCAGGUCGCACGGAAGGAACCCCGGAGUCCAUAUGAUGCUGAUUGGGUCCGCGAUCGGGAGUGAGUUCGCACAGCUGCCGACGAGUGGAGCCACCGCUCCGUGGAGUAUGGAACCGCCGAGGGCACCGGGUCAGUCCGGACUCGGUGGAGGAGGAGGUGGUGGUGGUGGAUCGUUGCCGCCACCGCCGACGGGGCUGCAGCUAUCGCCGACUGUCGGCCUCUCGCCCGCGAACCUGCCCUCGCCCGGUUCCGGUCCGCCGCCCCCGUCCGCAUCGAACCUGUUCAACGCGGCCGCUGCGGCCGCCGUCGCCGCCGGCAACCCGGCCAACGCGCACGCCCUCGCCGGCCUCGUGUCCCAGCACCGGCUGCUCGAGCUGUCCCGGUUCGGGCUGCGCGGGUACGACCUGGCCCAGCACAUGCUCACCCAGCAGGGCGCGGUCUCCAAGCUGCUAGGUAAGUCGUGUACCCUGCGACCACCCGGGCUGAUUGGCGGAUCGAAGCCGAAAGUGGCGACACCGGCCGUCGUCUCCAAAAUCGAGCAGUACAAACGGGAAAACCCGACCAUCUUCGCCUGGGAAAUCCGCGAGCGUCUCAUCUCGGAAGGUGUCUGCACCAACGCUACCGCCCCGUCCGUCUCCUCGAUCAACCGGAUUCUGCGGAACCGCGCGGCGGAACGAGCCGCGGCCGAGUUUGCCCGUGCCGCCGGCUACGGGCUGUACCCACCUCCGCCGUACGGGGGCUUCCCGUGGCCCGCACCCGCCCACCUGUGGCCUCCGGGCCAGUCCGGAAUGCCGGGCAUGACCCCGCCCGGCAGCAGUAGCAACUCGACGCCCGCAACCAUCGGGAGUCCCGGGUCGGGGUCGCACGACACGCUCGGGAGUCCGGAUGGCAGCCGACUGAUUGGUGAGUUUGAUAUUGAAGGGGAGGACUCGAACAGCCUGGACGGAGAUCAACCAAAGUUUAGACGCAACCGGACGACCUUUUCGCCCGAGCAGCUGGAGGAGCUGGAGAAGGAGUUUGACAAGUCGCACUACCCGUGCGUGAGCACGCGGGAGCGGUUGGCGUCGCGGACUUCGCUGAGCGAAGCCCGAGUUCAGGUUUGGUUUUCCAACAGACGGGCGAAAUGGCGACGUCAUCAAAGAAUGAAUCUUUUAAAAAGGUCCAGUUCCCCGAGUUCCCGAGCGGCGGCAGCGGCAAGUUCCGCUUUCACCCCUGGCUCCCCCCCGCCGCCGGGAUCGUCCACGGCAGCAGCCCACCAUCAUCAUCUUUCGGGCCUGUCCUCAUCGGCAGCACAUCACCACCAAGCCAACCGGUCAACCUCGUCGCCGGGCCUGGGCCCAACCUCGUCCCAACAGGCCCAAGCAGCAGCGGCAGCGGUAGCGGCGGCCCAAGCGGCAUCAUUAGUCACAGCAUCAACUCCAUUAUUAAUGGGCGGUGAGCACAGUGCGUUCCGCUCGCUGGUCCCAACCUCGGCGGCCGCCCUCUUUGCCGGGCUGUCCCGGUCGUACGCGGCAGCAGCUGCGACCACGACCAGCUGCUCCUCGAACCCGUCCGUUAGCCCGGUGCCCUCGGGGGCCGGCGGUGACUCCGACGAGGAGAUCAACGUCCACGACGAUGACGACGACGGCGGUUCCGACAUCGAGGUGUCCAGCAGGAACGGCGAGGGGUCCGCCACACCCCUGCAGCUCACCAUGCACGAGCGGCACCACUGAGAGAACCCGCCCCGUAAAUUAUGUCCAAAAAAUGUGUAAAUAAAGCGCCCCUCAACGUCCGUCCUACACUCA